UGCGUCGACAUUCUUGGAGCAACACCAGUGACAGUUCGAUCUCAAGUUAUUCGGUGGUUAUCUGGGACUGUUCCGCGACAAUUAUUCGAGGACAGUCAAAGAAUUCAUGGCUUUGAGGUUGGUAGGAUUGCUGAAAAAUCUGCCGUGUGUCCCAGGGGUAAUGUCAUUGAACGUGAAUCAGAUGACAUAGCUUCUCAACCAACAGCGUAG